AUGAUCAAAUGCAAGGCUAGUAGAAAUCCAUUUGACUUUAAUAAUUAUGGCUGCUGGUGUGGUCUCGGAGGAAAAGGCAAACCUCUUGAUGAAGUUGACAGGUAAUCAAACAACGACUAAGACCCUAUCUACAAUAACACGGUUUUGAAAACCUAUUUAUCGAAGCUCAGUCAGCACCUGUGCUCAGGAGUCUAGUAUAGGCUCCUGCCAUACUAGAGUAGUUGCCUGAUUUCAAUUUAAGCCAUCGAAAACGUUCUCGCGGCCAUAGACUCCUUCCACGAUUUUUUCAACUUUCAACUGUGACCAAUUAAGCAAAAAACUCGUCAACACGGCUGAAUAGAACGCCUAAAAUGACUAAAGUUAGCAAAGUUUGAAAGUGAUUUGUUGAAAACUAACGAUAAUACAGCUUUGCAAAGUCGCGCAAUUGUACAGAUGUUUAUGUGGCGAGGGGCAAGUCCGUCCCCCACUUCUGUGAAACUUCGCGACUUUGCAGAGCAAUAGGGACUUUUUAAAGAUUCAUCGAAGCGACGGCAACAAAAACCUUUAAAAAAAACAAUGGGUUUAAGAAGCAAACUUAUUAGCGGAUAAAAGAGCAUAUAUCAUGGAAAUUAUUGGGAAGUUGUUGGCGCGAAAAAAACUAAUGCCAUGCAAUAUUGUCGUCGAAAUAAUGGAAAAUCAUUACCGCUGUUGCAAUGUGGGAUAAAAGGGGGCAAGAAAGUGAAUAAAUUUGCCAAUGCAAGAAAUCGCGGUAAAGGUUGUUUAUUAUAGACGACAGAAAAUGAAGAACUUUUCAUCUACGAUAAUAGCCCAUUAUCGGUGGACAGGUGGAAGUGAUCAAGAAUGUUAUCUUUUUGGGCUCAGGAGCGACCGCAGAUGUCCUCACAGCGAGCAAUAAUGACGUACUUAUUGUCGAAACUCGAACUGUGUAUUUUGUAUGACUAUUUGUCUUCUCGUUUUUUUUGUUUUAAAUCGACAGCGAUUAUUCGUGUUGCCAAAUUUACCACUUGUUUGCCCCUUGAUCCCCGCAAAGAUGGCGGGAGUCGUGAAAGAGGUCUUGACUAUUAGUUAUCAUCGAGUUUUUUUUCUUCGUACAGUUGCUGUCGAGAUCACGAUAAUUGCUACAAAAGUCUCCGGCUGUCUGGCGCUUGUGGCGUUAUCGAUCAGCAGUUGCCUCUUACAAUCUACGCAAGGCCUUAUUCAUUCAAAGAAUGCACAGUUUGUGGUAAGUAAAGCUGCGAUCAUGCGAUUAACUAUAUGGCCAAAAAUGGACCAACACGGGAAAUCCCGAGCGGCGUGGAAUGGGAUCUAUUUUUAAACCUCAGUAAAUCAUGUGAAUGACCAUGCAGUGAAAUCUUCCCUAUUCCCCUCCCAUACGCAAGAAACCCGCUCUUCUUCGCAAUUACUACAAAUAUAUCUUUUACUUUUCAGAACCGGCUUCUCAUUACAAGCAAGAUGGAGAGUGUCUCUACGGGCUGUGCAAAUGUGACGCUGACGCGGCCAAGUGUUUCGCUAAGUAUGAGGAUAAAUACAACGAGAAGUUUAAGUUUUAUCCAAAAAUUUUCUGUUAA